CUGGAGGCUGCCAAGAUCAGUUCCCUAACGGAAGGCUGCUGCUGGGGGUCUCCCACUGAAUGGAGCUGUGAGGUCCUGGGUACAGGACUUGCAGUCUAUAUCCCAGGUUCUGGGGGAUCAUGCUGAAUAUGCUGUUGCUGGGUUGGGGAGUGCUGCAGGGAAUCCAGGCCAUCCUCACCGCUGACCUCAGCAGCAGUCACCUGUCAGAGUUGCGCCCCAUUCUGGAUGGGGCAGAGAGGUCCAGCUACCCCAGCCUUCUGCAGAAAUUCAAGGAGGCACCCGUGGGGCCCGCAGGGACUUUACCAAGACCUGGGUUUGACAGGAUGGCUAUGGAGCUCCAGGUAGCUGAUGAGGACCUCAUGCAGGAAGCCAGUGUACUGGAGCCAGAGGUGUUGUCUGCUGCACUGGAGGCUCAGGGCCGAGAGGAGCGCGCUCCCCGCAGAUGCGUCCGCUUGCUGGAAUCCUGCCUUGGGCACCAGCUCCCCUGCUGUGAUCCUUGUGCCACCUGCUACUGCCGCUUCUUCAAUGCCUUUUGCUAUUGCAGGAAAAUCAGCGCCACACUCCUGUGUGGCAAGAACUAGCGUUGGCGUGCUCCCCGGCCCCCCUUUUUUCACUCCCUGGAUUAGUAACCGGGUUCUCUUACGCCCGGGUGCCCUUUGCAGUUCCAAUAAACGACCUGCUAGUAAAUAGGGUCACCAAGUGCAGUUGUUCUGCCCCUGGCUUUUUCUUUGCCUCUCACAGGGGUAUUCUCCUUUAGCAGGAAACAGCAAAUAUCUUCAUGCCCAUUAGCGAGAAGCGUGUUACAGAGACCUCCCUGUGUCUGAUUCAGGGAGCGCUUAAAAAGAUCUUCUGCACUUUCCACUGUAUGCAUCCGAUGAAGUGAGCUGUAGCUCACGAAAGCUUAUGCUCAA